AUGUCAAGCCUGCAGCCGCGCUUGUUCUCCAGUUUUCUACUGGUCUUUGCCCAAUUCCUCUUUGCCUUGUUGGGGGUCGUCAAUGCAUUCCCGGCAGAGCGGGCAGUGUUCCUGCGCGAGACACAGGACAAGCUCUACCAUCCGGCCGCGUUCUAUUUUGCCAAGGUGGUCAUUGACACCAUCAUGCAAUGCUUAUUCCCCAUCCUGGUGGUGGCCAUCAGCUACCCACUCAUCGGCUUGAACGGGGAAUCAGCUGAUCGGGUCCUGUGGUUCUAUGCCAUCAUGGCUGUGGUCUCGAAUUGCGGUGCUGCGGUGGGCUUCAUGGUCUCAGCAGCCGUGCCCAGUGUGAACCUGGCCCUGUCGAUUGCGCCCGGGCUGGUGAUGCCACAGCUGCUGCUGGCUGGCAUCUUCAUCAAGGUAGAGGAUUUACCGCAGCCCUUCAAUGCCUUGAGCUAUCUCAUGGUAGCCCGCUAUGCUGUCCAAGCCACAGUGGUCAAUGAGUUCAGUUGCUCGGAGAAAACGGCCUGCGAUCCACUGGUGUGGCGAACAAGCUCACCAGAUCAAUGCGGCGUGUCUCCCUGUGACUUUUGUUGCACCUCUCAUGAGAUGAUGGCAGCUGGGGGCAUUUGCCCAGUCUUGUCGUGCAAUCAUGCCUUGACGAGUCUGGGGAUGGAUGAUAUUUGGCCAAAGAGCGAGACUUCACAUGAGGAGACCAUCCUCUUCAACAUGAUUGCCUUGCUGAUCUUGAUGUGUUUCUUCCGGCUGCAGGGUCUGAACGUCUUGCUGUGCAGCUACCGCCGCGCCACCACAGGCAGCUGCCUGCCGUGCCGUGGCACCGCAGCCGUGGGGCCCGGCCCGGUGAGGCCGCCCAGCGCCGCGCCGUCGCCGAAGGCGGAGGUGCCAGUGUGA